UAUACACAAGUGGUAAAUAAACUACUAAAGAUUUAAAUACAAAUCAGUUUGUUAUAUUUUCAUUUGUGUAUUAUUGCUGAGUUUGUAGAUUAUAUAAAUGUUCAAUAAAAGGAAUCUAUGAACAGCACUGUGCGUCUAUGCAGCGCCACCGUGUGCUUAACGUCGGUAUGUCCCUUGAAAUGUGAUAGGCGGAGAAAGGAUUCAUUCUCCUCCAGUUCAGUUGCUUGUAGAUGAAUGUGUUGUUGUAUCUACAGCUGUGACCAGAGGAAAUCUACACCCCAGAGAUGGCGGCCCUUCAGUAAGAUGUUGGAAGCAACACUAAUUGACAAAAAUCAUCACGUCAAGACUGACCUGGAAAGUUAAAUGCCCUCUCAAUAUACAGGGCGAAGAUGUUUGUGGUCUCCUUGUCGAGAUGUCUACAGAUGUGUGUGUCUUUGCUAAUGGUGUCCAGACUACAAGGCAGGGUCUCAACUCCAGCACGCCUUGAGGCUAAAGUUGACCAGCCCUUCACUUUAAGCUGCACACUUGUCAAGUCUAAAGGAGAAACGGUUCAUCAGAUCCGCUGGAUGGAUGCACAGAACCAGACCUUGAUCAGCUACCAGCCUGGUCAGCCGGACAGUGUGAGCGGUCAACAGCAUGUGGAGCUCGCCGCCCCUUCGCGUGAUGCCAGCGCCAUCAACAUCAAAAGAGUCAGCUACAGAGAUGAGGGCUGUUACACUUGUAUCUUUGAUAUUUUUUCCAAGGGUUCACGGGAGGGACAGACCUGCCUUACUGUCACAGCAACAGUGAUAUCAGGUGGUAAUAAGACGGCUGUGGGUGGUAAAGAAGCAUCUCUGGGCUGUCGGUACGGUCUGCCAGAGAAAGUCAAGCAGUUAUUUUGGAAGAAGAUCGUGAACAAGGCUGAAACCCGUGAGGUUGCAUUUUUUGCCAAGCAGAGUGACCCCGUAAUUGAAAAAGAGUACAUGGACCGUCUGAGUCUGAGCCCUUCACUAUCUGACACACAGCUUACGUUAUGGCCGGUCAAAACUGAAGAUGAAGGCUGCUACACCUGCGAGUUUCACACUUACCCAGAUGGGACCAAGAGCGCCACAAGUUGCCUCACUGUAUAUGUCCUUCCCAAACCUCAAGUAAGUUACAAGACCAAAUCUCCAGGAGUGAUUGAGGCAAACUGUACGGCUGUUGCCCGGCCAAGGGCUGAAAUCGUGUGGAAUGUGGAGGGUAAUAACAGGACCAUUGGUCCACCUGUAACCACCGCUAUCCAACAAAGUGAUGGGACAACGCUGGUUAUCAGUACCUUAACCAUACAGGCUGGACUCUUGAAGGAUGUUUCGGUCAAAUGUCUUGUACACCACAAAGGCCUGGAAACCGCCAUUGCUGUUUCUAUGAACACUAAGAUUGGCACAGCACUCGCUAUCCUGAUCUCUGUGACUACUGUAGCUUUUCUCCUGGUUCUUUGCCUCUGUUUCUGUUUGUGGAAGUGUGUCCUGCGUAAGGAUGAACCUGAAGAGCAAAAUGUACCCAGAAGAGUAAGAAGAGAACAAGAAACAAAAGUUGACAGUUGAAUCCAUUCAGAGGUGGACUUGUUGGUGUGUUCUGGAUCAUUGUCCUGCUGCGGAAUCCAAGUUCGCUUCAUCUUGAGGUCACAAACAGAUUGCUGGACAUUCUCCUUCAGGAUUUUUUGGUAGACAGCAGAUUUCAUGUUUCCAAUUAUCACAUUUACUGCUGGUAUGAUGUUCUUUUUCUAAAAGAUGCUUUGUUACUUUUAUGCCAGACGUAUAGUAAUGGUACACACAUCUUUCAAAAAGUUCAACUUUUGUCCCGUUAGUCCACAAGGUAUUUUCCCAAAAGUCUUGGGGGUCAUCAAGAUGUUUUCUGGCAAAACUGAGACAAACCUUUAUGUUCUUUUUGCUUAGCAGUGGUUUUUAUCUUGGAACUCUGCCAUGCAGGUAAUUUUUUCCCAGUCUCUUUCUUAUGGUGGAGUCAUGAACACUGACUUUAACUUAGACAAGUGAGGCCUGCAGUUCUUUGGAUGUUGUUGUCUUAUGACCUUUUGGAUUAAUCGUCGCUGCGCUCUUGGGUUAAUUUUGGUCGGCCGGCUGGUCACUCCUGGGAAGCUUCACCACUGUUGCAUAUCUUCACCAUUUGUGAAUAAUAGCUCUCGCUGUGGUUCGCUAAAGUCCCAAAGCUUUAGAAAUGGCUUUAUAACCAGACUGAUAAAUCACUACUUUCUUUCUCAUAUGUUCCUGAAUUUCUUUGGAUCUUAAAGGAACAGUAUGUAAGAAAUUUAUUUCAAUUAAUGAUAAAAUGGCCCUGAUAUGUCACUAGACAUUAAGAAAUCAUUUUCAUUUCAAAUACUUAUAUCACUCACGACAGUGAUCUGGCCAGGAUAUUGUCAUUUAAAAAGUGAAGUUGCAGCCCUCAACUGAUGUUUAUGUUGUCAUUUUGUGUAUUGGCCACCAGCUGUGUGAUUGCAAUACCAGUUUUAGCCACAAGUUUUGUGAUUGCAAUACCAGUUUUGGCCACAAUCCUACAUACUGUUCCUUUAACAUGAUGUGUAGCUUUUGAGGAUCUUUUGUUCUAUUUCACUUUUUCAGGCAGGUCCUUUUUAAGUAAUUUCUUGAUUGCGAGCAGGUGUGGCAGUAAUCAGGCCUGGGUGUGGCUAGAGAAUCUGAAUUCAGGUGUUUUAACCGGGAGGCAAACACUUUUUUCACACAGGGCCAUGUAGUUUUGGAUUUUGUUUUCUCUUAAUAAUAAAAAUCUUCAUUUAAAAACGGCAUGUUGUGUUCAGUUGUGUUAUCUUUGACUAAUAUUUAAAUUUGUUUGGUGAUCUGAAACAUUAAAGUGUGACAAAUAUUCAAUAAUAUUAAAAAUCUGAAAGGGGGAGAAUACUUUUUUCACACCACUGUACCUAGUUUUUUAUGCGUUAUACCGUGUAUGUAUAGUGUCAAAUAUAGAUGUGUUUGGUCCGCUAUCCACAGAUUGACAAAGUUCAAUGGAUACGCUGGAAACCGCUUACAUG